ACUGCUCCAGCACGGCCGAGCUGUUUUUCGCAAACUGCGUCACGAGUCUCGGUUCCGUGCAGUCAAAGCCAAAAUUGCUUGAAAUGCGUCGCAGGCUGUCAGACGAAGUUUCUCAGGUUGCCGUAGCCCAGUAGUGCAGCGGUGCCGUGUUGAAGUGUAGAAGGAACGCAAGAAUACGCUGGGAGCCAAACCAGGCUGUACAUAAAAAAAAAAAAAGAAAUAAAGAGAGAGACGGUUCGCCGAGCGGACAACAGGCGAACGUAACAUGAGCAGCCGGCCCCGCCCGCUUCGGUGGCGUGUCUGGCCAGUCUGGCACCUGGCGCAUGCAUCUGGCGCGUCUCGCGUGCCGGUAGCUUAUUGGCAGGUAACGCAAAAAAAUAAGAUAAGUCGCGAAGUAUAACUUCAUUUAUACGCAGAGCUAUUUAGUUUAAGCGGGAAAGAAUAAAAUUAAAAGCAAAGACAAUGUCUGUUAACUUCGAACUCUUUUUACCGAUGCUCGCGGCAGCUAACGGAAGCUUUAAUACUAGCGUGACGUAUUUCCUGCUGCCAGUUUUCACCGUGUACCUUCUUGUUGGUUGUUCUUUCUCCGUGGUCCGGAGUGGCAGCAGGCGCGCACUAUGCAGCGGGAGGUGCGGCUCACCAAGGACGGCGCCGAGCUUGGCGGCGCACCGCUGUACGCCGACAAGCCGUCGACCUGCAACGAGGCGGCGAGUGCGGGCGCUGCCCGCCCACCGCGAAGGGAGGAGCUCUUCUGCAUCGAGUCUGGUGUUCAGAUUUUCUAUGUCUCCGGCGGAGGAGGAGUUGAGGAACCACCUGAGUCCACAGAUCUCCAUGUGUACCGCUUGCUGGGCAGACAGGAUGCCAUAUAUGCUGAUAAAGCCCCAUUUCCGCGGCUACAAGUGGGCACAUGGAUUUACCCUUUGGUUCCGAAGCAGUUCCGGGUCCUGAGGUCAGGCUAUGGAGCCUAUCUUUUUCCCAACAUUGAUGCAGCUUUGAAAGAAUCUGGGGCUUUUAUGGGAGUCCUGCUUCCUCCUGACCUGCCAUACGAGACGAUCUCGCUUUUUGAGUCUCUCAUGGAAGAGCUGACUGCUAUGAAGAUUGAGGCCCUGACUGACCCAAGCGUCCUCCCAGAUUCUAUGAUGAGCCGGUUCCUUCGGUCUGCCUCCUUCAGCCAGCAUGUGUCUGAGAGCAUGGUAGCAGGUUCAGAGGCUCUGUCCGAUGGCUUGAUCAAGGGUGCCGUGGUGACCGGUGAGGUUCUCAAAAUGGGCGCAGCAUGGCUCAAGCAGUACCUCAAGCCAGAAGAGCAGCCCGUGAUAGUGGACCCCAGUGUGAAGCAAGGACUCGAGCUCUUGCGCACUGUCACGGGGUCCGUGCGCACUGUCACAGAAUGCGUCGCCGACAAGGUGGGUGAGCUGGCGGUGACAGUGGCACAGAUGGUGGCCACGAAUGUGCCCCGUGACACCUGCGUGGCUGGCACACCAGAAGUGCCUUCUACAAGCAUGGACAAAGUGCAGAGCGCAAUCACCAUUGCCAGGGGAGGUAUACAAGGUUUGUCCACUGUGUAUGUUGGCUUGGAAAAUGCAGCCAAGAUCUUGGCUACCAGCCUUGCCAAUGAGACAGUUGACGUUAUUGGCCACAAGUACGGAGCAGACGCUGCACAAGUGGUGGACAAUGCAAUGAACUCCGUCACCAAUGUCACGAUGGCCACAACCGCAGUCCGUGGUUUAGGAUUAAAACGGAUUGCGAAACGCACUGCAAAAGAGACAGGAAAAGCAAUUCUUCAGGAAUAUGAGCAGCCUGGAGGCGCAAGAAAAUUUUCGUGAGUGCAGCCAUAGGAAAAAAAAAAGAAAUGCGGAAGUCUUGGAAAGCGUUAUUGUUUUUCAUAUACCUGUUUCGUCAGAACUCCCAAGAAGGAAAAAAAUGCAGCUGUUGCAGAAGUUCUCGCAAUGUUUUUGUUUUAAGUUAGCUGCACAGGAAAUUUCAUUUGCCCUGUAGUUCCUGUUUAAGUUCCUUGAGAACCAUACAUGAAAUGUCUACGUAGUGCAUUAGAGUAUUGUUCCGCUAAUUUCUCUUGUGGCUGUUAAAGCUUAAUGUUAAAGCUUAAUUUGUGAUGCGCCUUUUGAGUAGUGCUUUGUUGUUGCUUCGCUUCUACCCUUCGCUCAAACAAAAGGCAUCUCGGGAAGUACAAAGUAUUUCAGAGGAUGACCAAAUGGGUCUUUAGCUCAUCCACUAACUCGCUCCUGGGGUAAACUGGUGCUUCCAUAAAACGUGAUGCUCUUCAGAUAUGGAGGGAUAUGUGUAUAUUGUAUAUGGCUAAUAUCAAUGUAUAAUUCAAACGAAAUGACAGAGCGUGCUGUUUUAUAUAUGUAUUUUUUUAAACUAAACGUUAUUCGAACAUGGUCGCCUGCCCACCUCUUGCCACUCUUACAGCGUUGCAUGUGUGAUAGCAAUUUUAUGAUGUCGAGAGCCAAUACGGCGGUAACACUUUUUGGGUAGGUGUUGCUUCAGCGGAGAAAGAGCUUCGUGGAAAGGUUGAGUCCUAUGUGUCCCUUUUGUGCACGUUAGGCAUGCCUGUCGACAUUGACAUCAAUCUCAGCGAUUUCUAUGAGUUUUCUCGGUGACCAGGACUUGGUUUGAUUCUGCAGAAGCCUUUGUGUUCGUGGUAUUGGCGCAGGUAUAUUAACACCAGAUUCUAUGGAAAUACGGAAAUGGUACUUUCACUAAUUUUGUUCCCGGCGCAAUCAACCUUCGUAACGAUCACUGGCCUUCGAUCAUAGUGACGUGCUCUGCCGUGACUCUCACCUUUUCCAAUAAAGGUCGUUCAGCGCAGUU